CUUUGGCUAUUAUAUUUACAUACAAAGAAAAUCAAUGUGAAUGGUUGAUGUUAGGAAGAUGGCUAGCCAUUGGACGCAUUUACAGGUUCUUUACUUUCUUUGGAGAUAUUAAGGAACAUAUGCGCACCUCUCGAAAAACCUUAUAUCUAUUGGAACACAUGUUGACAGUAAUACUCAUAUUGCACGCAUCCACUUGCCUUUGGUUUGCUCUUCAUCAGUCUAAAAGUAUACAAUUUAGUCUUCUGUUGGACGGAUCACCUGGAGAAGUAGCUUCUCGGAAGUUAAAGUUUAAUAGUUAUAAGUCGUGCUGGUAUUAUUGCGCUUGCCGCCUAUACAACGUUAUAUUUGGAGACGCUUUUCCGUUGUAUGACCUCGAGAAAUGGUUGACGUCAUUUCUCAUGUUGUUUGGUUUCGUCUUCAUGAGAUAUCGGUUCAUUGGAGCUAUUUCCUGGGAGUUGGUGUUGGAAAACAGUCGCAGAGCUCUUUUGUUGAUCGGUAUCAUCACAUGGUGAACUAUUUACGAUUUCGAGGAGUUCAGCCUUGCUUACUGGAUCAGGCAAAGAAGUACAAAGAGUUGUUGUGGGAGAUGAAGGAUGGUGUGCUAACGUCUAGACAGUUGCAAAAAUUGCCACAGCCUUUGCAAAUGGAGUUGAUCUUUGAUAUCAACGUUGGAUACUUCCAUAGUUCAUUGCUGUUUAGGGAUACGGAUGAAGCAUUCAUGAGACAAAUAUCUCUACUCAUGAAACAUGAGAUUUACCUCGCUGGACAGCAGAUCUGG